GUGAAUGUGGAGAAAGACUGCCAGUAACACUGAAAUCAUUCAAGCCAACUGUUAUAACAUCACCUGGUUUUUACAAUGGUUCCUAUGAAGCGAACACUACAUGUUCGUGGAUUAUCAAAACUGAAGCAAACACACCAACUGACAUGAAAAUACUUCUUCAGAUAGAUAUUUGGAAAAUGAAAUGCCCGCGUGACUAUGUGCGAGUAUAUUUAGGAGAAAGUUCCUCCGGUUUAACGGUUUUUGAUGAAUUUGAUUGCAAAACCGACUUCAAUAUAACAAAACCGAUACUGAUUACUGGUUCAGUGUAUGUAGAAUUUAAGUCGGGGGACUUUGAAUCAGACCCAGGGAUUGGAUUCAUGAUGAAGUUUCUCCCAGCACAUGAUUCAUCUGGUACCGGCUGUCAAAUGACACAGAAGUUGUUAGCUGAGGAAACCGAGCAAUUCAUAACGAGUCCAAGAUUUCCUGAUGACUAUCCAUUGAACAGUGAUUGUAGUUGGAAUAUAACAGUCAACGGAACAGAUUCUGUACAGUUAGUUGUGUAUUUACUGGACGUAGACCAAAAUGAUAACUGUUCUUAUCACCGGUUACAUAUAACUACGAAUGAUUCCAGUACUAUAUUAUGUGAUCGUAGAGAAUGGAACAGAACAACGAUUGUUGAUAAAUCUAUAAGCAUUACCUUCAAAACUGACUCAAAGAACAGAAGAGCUGGAUUUCUGAUUGGGUAUAAAUCCGUACUGGUAACAACCACCACAGAAGUCACAACGGCUGCCACUACAGUACCAGUCACUAUCCCACCUCAGUAUUGGGAUUAUUGGUGGCCAGACAAUAAACCGUUUCCAGACUAUUACUAUUAUGACUAUGGACUAAAUCCAAACGUCGUAGUGGAUCCAUUCCCUACACCAGCCGUAGUGGAUCCGAUCCAUACAAUUUAUACAGCAGCUCCGGUUACAACAACGGAAACAAUUCCACUUAUACCAAAUACAGGAUUCUGGGAUAAUUGGAUUUCACCAUUGCUGUACUACUGGAUGUUUUGAAUGUAUUUCAUCCCCAAAGUCUACAUCAUUGAUGAAAUAGAUACAUUACUUUCGUAGCAAGAUCAAGAUUGGCUUAAAAUCUAAUGUUUGCGGUAAAAAAACAAUUGCAAAUGAUUUCUACAAAACAUUUUAAAGUCAUUGUUUUAUAAGAUUAUCAUGAACGUCUGUGAAUGCUUUGUAUGAUAUAUAUGACAUAAUGAAUAUCAUUAUAUACUUUGUAACUUACUUUUUGUUUAGUUUCUUUUCGAUUAAUUGUUGUAUAGUUGGAGAACAUAUUGUAAACAAAUGCAAACAUUGUAUAUAUGCCAUUUUUGUAAUACAAUAUUAGCAUUAUAUUCACACUUUAUCCAAUUUUUUUCUUGUUUUUUUUUCUAUUCUGUCGUAAACCUUUUUUUUCCAAAUGAAUGUUUAGUUCUGUUCUUAAAGUUUAUAUAGAUGUUUUAUCUGUCCUAGUCGUUAAUUUUCUUUUCUUCAUGCUUGGCAAUGUUCAUGUUAUUGUAAUUAUCCAUAUUCAUUUGAUAUUUUUAUAUCAGAUUAAAAAGCAAGUGAAUAAAUAAAACCAUUGAAAGCGUGAAAAUAAGAAAAAGCAUAGUAUCAAUUCAAAAAAAAUAUAUUAUCUUCCUUUAAACAUGCCCUUAGUUGAACAACAACGAUUGAUUUUAAAUGCGAGUUUCGAUUCGCUGUUCAUCAUUAUAUCUUUCGUUUUAUUAGUAAUUUUGAUUUGAACAUAUACAUGAUGCUUAUGGGAUCACCAUUUUGCAAUUCCUAUUUUCGUGUCUGUUUACUAGAAUGAUGCAGUCUGGAAAUGAAUGAAACCACGUUAAGGCUAAUGUAUGGCAAUGUGUUGCCAUUGGAAAGAUUCCAUGUGAAAGUUAUGUUAUAUGAUGAAUGUUGUCAUUGGUUACAUGACAGUUUUCGGUCAUAUUGGGAAAAGUUUUAAAUUCCAGCUCGAAUGCCUAUUAAUGUCUUUGAAUAAGUAAAAUAGGAAUUUAAUAACAAAGCUAUUUUUACUUAUUUUUUAAUGAUAUUUGAUAGAAUGCCCCUUUACCUAAUUUAAUUGUACACAUACUUAGAUAACAUUUGUCAGAUAAAUCAAUCAUUAAAAAAUGUGUAUAUAUAUUAUAUAUAAUUUUAUCCUGCAAUCAGCCAACUAUUGUACAAAUAACAGGUACACAAAUAAAUAUUCGCUGUACAAAUAAAGUCUCCUGUUACCCCUCUUCCAUGUUGAGCAAGCGGUAAUGUGGAUAUUUCUUUUUGCGUACCUGUUCAUUUUGGGGUCCUCUUCGCGGUCCGCGUUUAAACUAUGUCGAUUUCUUUGAAAAAUUAGAGACAAUGAUUUAGAUUUUAACAACUAAAGUAAACUAAACUAAAUUUCUGGCUAAAAACAAUAUAUGUACAUUAUCGGAAAAUAUAAAAUUUAUUUGUACUCGCUACGAAA